GCGGGGCUGGCUCAGUGCGAGCGGGCGGAGGCGUCAGCCCGCAGCGGGGACGCGCAGCCCAGCCCGGCUCGCCUCGGCUUGCCCCUUCCUCGCACACCCCCGCGGCCCGGCUCGGGUGACGCUCUCGGCACCGCCAGCGGCCGGCCGGGCGGCUCCCGAGCACGGCCUGCGGCCGCUCUCCGGUGGCGGCGGCGGGGAGCCGCGGCGAGGAGAAGGCUGCUGCUGCGGCGGCGGCGGCGGGGGGAGCAGCCAUGUUGGAGCGGGGAAUAAAGUGACUUUCCUCGGGGAGGGAGCGCGGCCGGCGGUCCGGCGAAGGCUCUCGGGCGGCGAGGGGAGGGGGGGUUCGGCUCCCGGCGGCCGGAUACCGCUCCUAGGCGGAGGAGAAGGGGAAGGAGAAGGGGCAAAGGAACCGCCCCCGGACUCGCGAAGCUCCGGCGCUGCUGGCUUCCUUAAGCCAGACUCAAUAUCGAUAGAAUGAAAAAAUUUAAGAGAAGACUUUCCUUAACCUUGCGAGGAAGCCAGACCAUCGAUGAAUCGCUGUCUGAGCUAGCAGAACAAAUGACAAUUGAAGAAAACAGCAGCAAAGAUAACGGUGUGAGUAAUAAUGGAAGGAUCAGCUACGGUAAAGUGCAGCCUAUUGUGAAGAAUGGCAGGCCUCCAACGUCUCACAGCAUGCACUCAUUUCUCCACCAGUACACGGGGUCUUUCAAGAAGCCCCCUUUGCGGAGACCACACAGCGUCAUCGGGGGCAGCCUCGGCUCUUUCAUGGCAAUGCCCAGAAAUGGGAGCAGAUUAGAUAUUGUUCAUGAAAAUUUGAAAAUGGGAUCGGAUGGGGAAAGUGAUCAAGCUUCUGGAACGUCAUCUGAUGAGGUUCAGUCUCCCACAGGAGUUUGUCUCAGAAACCGGAUACACAGACGAAUCUCAAUGGAGGAUUUGAACAAGCGCUUGUCGCUGCCCGCUGACAUCAGGAUCCCCGAUGGUUACCUGGAGAAGCUGCAGAUCAACAGCCCGCCCUUUGACCAGCCCAUGAGUCGGCGUUCUCGUCGGGCAUCCCUGUCAGAAAUUGGAUUUGGAAAAAUGGAAACCUAUAUCAAGUUAGAAAAGCUUGGAGAGGGUACCUAUGCCACAGUUUAUAAGGGGAGAAGUAAAUUGACAGAGAAUCUGGUAGCUCUGAAAGAAAUCCGCCUGGAACACGAGGAGGGAGCACCAUGCACAGCCAUAAGAGAAGUGUCAUUGUUAAAAGAUCUGAAACAUGCAAAUAUUGUUACAUUGCAUGAUAUUGUGCACACAGACAAGUCUUUGACUCUUGUUUUUGAAUACCUGGACAAGGACCUGAAGCAGUACAUGGAUGACUGUGGUAACAUCAUGAGUAUGCACAAUGUAAAGCUAUUUUUAUAUCAGAUUCUUCGUGGUUUGGCCUACUGUCAUAGGAGAAAGGUGUUGCAUCGAGAUUUGAAGCCACAAAAUCUACUAAUUAAUGAGAAAGGAGAACUGAAGCUUGCAGACUUUGGAUUGGCAAGAGCGAAGUCUGUUCCUACAAAGACUUAUUCCAAUGAAGUUGUCACAUUAUGGUACAGACCACCUGAUGUUCUCCUUGGAUCUUCAGAGUAUUCAACUCAAAUUGACAUGUGGGGCGUCGGAUGCAUAUUUUUUGAAAUGGCAUCAGGAAGGCCUCUUUUUCCUGGUUCAACUGUUGAAGAUGAACUGCACUUAAUCUUCAGACUUCUUGGAACUCCAUGUCAGGAAACAUGGCCGGGCAUUUCUUCCAGUGAUGAAUUUAGAAACUACAACUUUCCUAAGUAUAAAUCACAACCUCUCAUCAACCAUGCACCAAGGCUAGACACGGAAGGAAUUGAAUUGAUAGCGAAGUUCCUUCAAUAUGAAUCAAAGAAGAGAAUUUCAGCAGAAGAGGCCAUGAAACAUGCAUACUUCAGAAGUCUUGGAACAAGAAUACACACUCUGCCUGAAAGUGUUUCAAUAUUCAGUCUAAAAGAGAUUCAAUUGCAAAAAGACCCUGGCUUUCGAAAUUCCACUUACCCAGAGACCGGACAUGGGAAGAACAGAAGGCAGAGCAUGCUUUUCUAAAGGGGGCAGUGCAGAGUCAAGCCCAAGCCUAUCCUGUCAACCAAGGACUCGGAUCCAAAGGCAGUGCUUUCUGUUGGUGGACUUGGAAUCGCAGUUUGUCUACACUGUCCUCUUAACAGUGGAGUCUUUUUAUUUCCAACCUGCAAAUUAUGUUUUUAUAUUUGUUGUCACAGUGUGACAAUUUUUUGUACAGUUGGUUUUAAGGUCUCCUCUGCCACUAGAGCCAGUAGGUUACAGCUGUUGAUGUAACUGUAGCUGCAAUUUUUGUGCAGGACUGAGAAACACAGUGCAUUAUUUAUUGCGGAAUCAUUGCUGCUAAAUAACUACUGUCUGUAUAGUUAACACAACAGUUCCAUGCCUGAAGAAGUUGCAAUGGCUUUAUGAUAUGUGAAUGCAUCUGUUUCUCUUGAUAAAAUGUUCUACUGCUGCGGGGUUUUUUUGUAUUUCUUAAACUGCAGUGUUUCCUGGAAUGUAAACAUAGCUUUGCUUGGCUAUAGGUGAGCCAUCUUUAAUGCUCUAAGUUCUUGGCACUUAAUUCCUUAUUUAACAUUGGAAGUAUGUGUUGAAAUAGUUGAAAAAUUAUAAUGCAUAUUAUGUUUUUGAAAAGCACAUGGUGUGAAGGUUGAUUCAAACAAGUGAAAAGUAACUUUGAUUUGCUCUCAGAUCCUAUGUUAGUUAUUGAUAAAUUAGAGCAUGGAGGCUGGACGUUUUGUCAGGCUUACUCCAGCAUAACAUAUUUGCACAUUGUUGUGCAUAUGGGGCCUGCAGAAACAAUAACUUUUUUACCUUGUUUUUAACUUAGAAAUACAAAUAGUAAAAGGACAAUUCAUAUAUGUUGGACCCUGGCUUACUUUUCAUUACAGAGGAACAGGGCAACUAAUUACACAAACAUGGGAAUAAUGGCACACUUUUCCCACUUCGUUCCUCUCCCAUUUGUGCAUUAUUCACUUGAAAUCAACUGGAAAGAUGCAAGUUUGUACUUGAGACGAACUCACUAUGCUACAGAGCUUUUACAAUGGGAACUUAGAGAGUUUUUCAGAUCUUAGAUGUUACCUGUUUUCCAGAGAUAGUAAACAUAUUACUACUAUGCUUAUGCAUCUCAGUGAGUAUCAUAAGUACACCCUUGGUGAUGGUUACAGUAUUUUUAAGCAUUUGUGUUCACCUUUAUGAACCUAUUUGUUUAGUGCAUCUUAAAGAGACUGUAAAUCUUUAUUGGUAUAUUUUGAAAUGGUCAUGUAAAUCUUUGGCUGGUAUAUCAUGAAAAUAGUCAUAGGUAACUUAAUUUUUCCUGACAUUCACUGUAAAACGUUCAGGGGUCCUACCAUUUCUGUUCAGGAAAUCUUGUAGUUUAUUGUUAUUUAACAGUAUUAAGUGAAUUUUUGUAUAUUUCAUUUUAACUUUAUUUGUGAAUAGUGAUUGUGGCAUGUUUGGGGGUGUUUUAUUAAUAUUUCAUUGAUACUAGUAAAUUUGAAUUGGGAUUUUUUUUUUUAAUUUUAUUUUCUGGAAGAGAGAAAUUCAUGUGUAACGGUGACUAUUGGACCACUACUGCUUUUCAGCAUUUGUAAACCGGUUUUACGUUAAAUCUUGUAGACCUAACAAACUGCUGUUAUUUCUAACUGACCGACCUGUAUUAAUAUUGUACUUUUGAAAGUAUAAAUAUUAUGUGGAAUUCUUUGGUUUUGUUUUGAAAUUUAUAAUAACAAAAGCCCUGUGUUGUUAAAAAUA